AUGGCCGUUACGCGGACCUCGUCCGACCUCUCCGACCUUGAGCGUGUCUCCCACGGAAAAGAGACCGUUGCGCACGAUGAGUGCCCACGAACUGGCGGUAUGAGACCUGAAGACGUCGAUUUUCUCGCCAAUUUCCCAGAAGAUAGGAAGAAGAAGACCGUUCGCAAGGUUGAUUACCGCCUUAUCCCUAUGCUCGUUCUGCUGUACCUCAUGGCCUACCUCGACAAAACCAACAUUGGCAACGCCAAGAUCGAAGGCUUGCUAGUCAGCCUCGACAUGACUGGCGUGGAAUACAACGUUGCAGUCUCCGUGUUCUUCAUCCCUUUCGUCCUAGCCGAAGUCCCGAGCAACAUGGUUCUCCACCUCUUCAAGAGACCUUCUCUUUACAUUGGCGGCAUUGUCGUGUGCUGGGGCAUCGUCAUGACGUGCAAUGGCGUCGUCCAGAGCUACGGUGGCCUGAUUGCCGUCCGAAUCUUUCUCGGCCUUUUUGAAGCAGGUUUCCUCCCCGGCGCCAUCCUGAUCAUCUCCAAGUGGUAUCUACCCAACGAGACACAGACUCGAAUCGCUCUCCUGUAUACUUCCGCAGCGUCCGGAGGAGGCUUUUCGGGACUUCUUGCUUUUGCCAUUGCCAAGAUGGACGGGGUCGGCGGUUACGAGGGAUGGAGAUGGAUCUUCAUCAUCGAAGGGGUGGCAACGGUAGCCAUUGGGGUCAUGUGCUUCUUCUUCCUCGUCGACUCUCCUGCCUUGUCGAAAUGGCUUGACGCCGACGAAAAGCGAUACCUCGAGCUCCGACAGCAGGUCCGGCGGGUCGUUCGACCGGACGAGUUCCGAGACAGCCACUUUGACAAACACGCCAUUCUCUCGGUCCUGACGGACUGGAAAAUCUACCUGUUGAUCCUGGUCAACUGGUCCAACGCGGUCCCCAACUACGCCAUGAAGUUCACCAUGCCCCAGAUCAUCAAGAACAUGGGCUACACCUCGGCCAAUGCGCAGCUCCUGACGAUCCCGCCGUACGCGGUCGGUGCCAUCUCGGCCUACGUCUUCUCCGUGUUCGCCGACCGGCACUCCUGGCGCAUGCCGUUCAUCGUCGGGCCGCAGCUGUGCCUGAUCGUUGCUUUCAGCAUCUUGUUCGCCAAGAGCGCCGACAUCAAGAACAACAUCGCCCUGUGCUACUUUGCUGUGUGCCUCGCCUGCUUUGGCAUGUACCCGAUUCUGCCCGGAGUCAACGCGUGGAACCUCGCAAACACGCCCAGCCCCACGAAGCGAGCCAUCAGCAUUGGGUUCUUGGUCUGCGUCGGCAACAUCGGCGGCCUCAUCGGCAGCUACAUCUACCUCGACAAGGAGGCGCCGAGGUACCCGACUGGGUUCGGCACUUCCUUCGGCUUCGCCUCGGCCGGAGUGGUCGCAGCCGUCACUCUUGAGCUUUUGUUGAAGAGACUGAAUAAGAAGAAGGAACUUUUGAGCGAAGAUGAAGUGAGGCAACGCUAUACCGACGAAGAACUUGACCGCAUGGGAGAGAGGAGCCCCUUGUUCAAGUAUGCUCUCUAA